UUAACGAUAUCAUAUAAUUUUAUGAAAUAUGUACGCUACUUAAAAGUCAUUCGAUACGUCACAUGACGUUUGCACAUGCGCAGAAUCUACCAUCGCUAGCAGCGACGAGGUUGCGCUGGCGUAUUCACAAAGCUGUGACCGCGGCGCAACGGGAGGAGCUUGACGAUUUUGCCGUCGCGGUGCGGCGAUCGAGCCGCAUACCGCGCAUUCCGUCGUAAUGCUCGAGCGCACGAGCCAGCGAGAGUGGGGGCGUAAGGAGAGUAAAAGAGGCAGCCGGUGAGGUGAGGUAUGGGGGAGGAGGAGGACGAAUAGCCGAGGCUGCUUGUCGUGUCAAACGGGCCGUGCCGCGCGCGCGCGCGUCCUCCACCCGCCCGCAUACCAUUAGAUCUUCGUGUUUUUCAAUGGGAACGAGUUCCCGAUCGUGGCACGACGCGCCGGCGACGAGAGUGUCGUACGAUCGACGUCGCGUUCACCCGGGUGUCAGCGCGUGGCGGGGCACCAUCGCGGCGUGAAACCGCGAGUCUUCGCAGGUGCGGUGACAGCGACAGCGGCAGCGGCAGCGGCAACGGUGGCGGCGGCGAUGUAGAGCGGCGUACAGUCGGCCGUGACGACGGAAGCGACGAACUGCGGACCAUCUCAUUUUGCGACGUGGAAGCGUAAACGGGACAAGGACGACGUAUCCUUGUCACAAAGACGACAACGACGACGAGGAAAGCACUGCGAGGGAAAGAGUGAGGAUUCACAAAUCGUUCUCAAGGUGCGCGCAAAUUUUGCGGUACGCGAGGAGGAGAGAAUAGUAAAGGAAGAGGAGAGAAAGAGAAGGAAGUUCGAAUAGAGAGAACGAAAGAAGGAGGGAAGUUAUGUCCGCCGUCGAGAGUGCCUUGGACGUCCUUUCCAGAGCAGCGACAAUGGUGCAAGAGGAGAGACCGAAGGUGACGAAUCUGCAUCGGAAGCCAAGCAGUGCGUGGCGUAAAGAGCGUAGGAGAGAUCCAAUACAGAGCGAAGCGUUAGAUAUGUCGGCAGGAAGGACGCAUCAUCAUCAUCACAACAGACCGAGCGUAAUCGUUCCUACGACGCCGCAAGCUGGCAUCACAAUCGAGGACACUGCUAUGACGCCUACGCCGACGACGAUGCCCACCGCAGCCUCAGGUGGACAGAGGACCGGUAUCAGGACGGCAGGCGGCGUCAGCGAUCCUGCGAUCGACGAACACUUCAAGCGAUCACUGGGUCCGAAAGAAUAUGCGGCCGUUUUUAACGCUAAUACUACGGACAAAGAGACUGGCCUGAGUGUUGACGAUCAUUUCGCGAAAGCGCUCGGCGAGACAUGGACAAGGCUUCAGGCAACCAAUCGAAACAACAAAUCCACCUAACCACCGGACAGACUCGUCAGAAAUCUUGUCAUCUUACUCGCCGUCAUCCUCACCGUCGUUUGAUGACCGUGGUAAUCUACUCGGGUGAAAUCGUUCCAUCUCGCUAGUAAUAUAUUAACGAUAAGUCAUUGUUGAUAAGAAUUAAUCGACUGUAUUCGAUGAACCUGCGUCCAAGUAACGCUGUAAUUAAGG